AUGGGGAAUCAAACAGGGGUCUUGGAUUUUCUCCUUUUGGGUCUAUCUGACCAACCAGAGCAGCAACAACUCCUCUUCAGACUGUUUCUGGGCAUGGGGAACCUGCUCACCAUCCUGGCAAUUUGUUUUGAUUCCCAUCUCUACACCCCUAUGUACUUCUUCCUCACCAACCUAUCUUUCAUUGAUCUCUGUUUUACCUCCACCACAGUUCCCAAGAUGCUGAUAAAUUAUCUGUUAGGGAGUAAUGCCAUCUCCUAUGCAGAAUGCCUGGCUCAGAUGUAUUUCUAUAUUGCCUUUGGUGCUUCAGAUAGCAUCCUCCUCUCUUCCAUGGCCUAUGACCGCUACCUCGCUGUCUGUCACCCUUUACACAUGACCUCACAGUUUUGUGCCCUGUUGGUGACUGUGCCUUGGAUUUCUGCUCACCUCAUUUCAAUGGUACAUGACAUAUUGAUAGCUCAACUAUCUUUCUGUACAAAUAAUCAAAUUCCUCACUUCUUCUGCGACAUAAAUGUUUUGAUAAAAAUCUCAUGUUCUGAUGCCCAUGUCAAUGAAAUGUUUGUUCUUUUUUUGGGUGGACCAGUAGGUUUAAUUCCCUUCAUAUGCAUUGUAGUCUCCAUGUGGAAGGUCCCAUCAGCUCAUGGGAAAUUGAAGGGUUUCUCUACUUGUGGCACCCACUUGUCUGUGGCCUCUCUUUUUUAUGACACUAUCAUUGGUGUGUAUUUCAAGCCCUUCUCUAUUCACACAGCCCAGAAAGACAUGAUAGCAACUGUGAUGUAUACAGUGAUCACCCCUACACUGAACCCUUUCAUCUAUAGCCUUUGGAACAAGGACUUGAAAAGAGCCCUGGGGAAGCUUCUUGGUUUGCAAUGUUUCUCCAAGGGAUGA